AUGGAAUUGUCAACUAAGGAAUUCGAGCCUCCGCCUCCGAGUUUUCUUCAGGAUGCCCUCUGCAUUCAGGGCUUUAACGACGGGUUCCUUGCCAUGAGGAGCGACAGCGUGGUGGCCUGGGGCUGGGGCUCGGUUCCGCGAACCUCUACGCAUACCGAUGGCGACUUCCGACACUGCGCCGGGCAAAUGUCAGCGAAUGCGUGGGCUACUGUGAGCCGAGAGGGACGCCUGCAUGUGGAAUUGGCAGGCAGAGCAGAGGAGUUGCACGAGGUAGAACACGUUCAACGUUGUCCUGCCGACCUUUUUGCAGCUCUCCGAAAAGACGGGACAGUGGUGACCUUCGGUGACAAGCGCCUCCAACCGGAGCCUUCCGUCCAGAAUCAGUUGAGGAAUGUAGUGCAGAUUCAAGGCACCACCAACGCCUUCGCUGCAAUCUGCGGUGAUGGGUCGGUCGUGACUUGGGGUCAUGGACGCAAUGGAGGGAGCAGUAAGCAUGUUCAGCACCUUCUUAGCAACGUCAAGGCAAUACAGGCCUCAAACGGGGCAUUUGCUGCUAUUCGAGAUGACGGAUCGGUUGUCACAUGGGGUGAUAAGUCGAUGGGAGGUGACUCCAGCGCUGUGCAAGCCCAGCUCAAGAAUGUCAGCUGUAUUCAAUCUACUCGGCGUGCUUUUGCUGCUAUCCGCGCUGACGGAUCGGUUGUGACAUGGGGACAUCCGAAAGCCGGUGGGGACAGCCAACGCAUCUCCACACAGCUGGGGAGAUCUUCAAAAGAAGACAAACUCUCGCGGGCUUUGGCAGCUCGAGUCCAAGCGGCAAAGUCCAAAGCUAAGCCGAAGGCCGGAGCCGGGCCGAAAGCGAAAGCAAAGCCCAAAACAAAAGCCAAGGCGAAGCACAAGGCAAAUGCCACGGCCAAAGUCAAGGCGAGGUGCCUCAAGAAUCCGAGUCGACGAUGA